CGAUAUCCUCCGCAUACACACAUAUGUGACCAUCGGCCUAAAGAGCCUGGCAUCACCCAUGGAAAAAUAAUAGAAAAUUACUCACAAAAUAUCGAUUAAAUCAUGAACUUCGCACCGUACCAAGAUGAAUCUCCAGACGUCGAGCGCGCGCUCUCUCCCUCCAUCAUAGACGCCAACCGCACCAAGUCCGCCCGAUCUUCACCCCCCGUACAAAAUGUUCCGUCAAACCUUCCCUCUCCGAGCGCCUUUGCCGGCCAAGGAAGAAGCAGUUUGGAGCACAAUGUGAGCACGGGUUUCGGAAGUGAGCGGUACGUUGAAGGCGGCAGGUCGGAUGUGAGCGCGUUUGAAACAAGCCUCCCACUCCCGCUGGGCGUCGAGGCAAUGCUGGCAUAUCUAUUACUUCCUCCUGCGGGCGGAGUGUUUUUGCUGCUAGUGGAGCAUAAGAGCGAUUAUGUACGGUUUCAUGCCUGGCAGUCGGGCAUGCUGUUUACCACGAUAUUCAUAAUCCACAUGUUAUUCGCCUGGACGAGCAUAAUCUCAUGGCUCCUCUUCAUCGCUGACAUAUGCUUAAUCGCGUUCCUCGCCGCCCACGCGUACCGUGACGUUGACACUCUCGACCACUACGAAGUCCCUUUCUUCGGCCGCCUAGCCAAUUCUUUCGUUGACGCUGAAUGAAAUGAGUCUUUCCCCUCUUCGUAUUUGCAGCUGCCCAGGAGGCUUUCCCCGUAUAAUAUAUGCCUUUUCCUUGAGCCUUUUUUUUUUUUUUUUGGCCUUCCUUACUUGCACAUAUAUACCUUAUGCCAGCAGUUUCUUUUCCCCCUUACCAGGGAAUUUUCGAAAGGUCAGGAGUGAAAUGUACAUUGAAAAUGUCAUGAUAGGCACCCCUAGAGCAAGCUGUAUGAUUAUUCUAGCCCUAAUAAAUUUCUGGCUCUUUUUGCCCUCU